AAUUUAGAAGCAUAUCGCUACAACUUAAUUGCUCAGUCGACCAGAUUUGUUUGAAAUUAAAACUGCUACAACUAAGAACUAGAAAUGCAAAGCUUCACGUGCCUAUCUAAAGGUGUAAGAUGAGUGAUGAAGAAAAUAAUAUCCACUACAACUACUAGCAGCACCACCAAAUCGUUCAAUUUCAUCAUUAACCGUCUCUCCUCACAAGGGUCCUACGAUGAAGUCCUCUUCACCUACAUUUCCAUGCUCAAAUCCAACACACCGCCUGAUUCCUACACAUUCCCCAGCCUCCUCAAAGCCUGCACCUCUCUAAACCUCUUUUCCCUCGGCCUUUCCAUCCACCAACACAUUGUACAUCAUGGGUUUUCUUCAGAUUCUUACACCGCAUCUUCUUUGAUUAAUUUUUAUGCGAAAUUCGAUCGCGCCACGAAUGCUCGCAAGGUUUUCGAUAAAACGCCCAAUAGAGAUGUUGUUCCCUGGACUGCCAUUAUUGGCUGCUAUUGUCGUGCUGGCGAUCUGGACAAUGCUUUUUCUAUGUAUAAUGAAAUGCGAUGCAAUGGGGUUGAGCCUAGUCCGGUUACUUUCUUAAGCUUACUCUCUGGAGCAUUGAACUUUGCCUACGUACAAGCUUUACAUGGCUGUGCGGUUUUAUAUGGCUUUGAAUCGGAUAUAACUUUGGGGAAUUCGUUAUUAAAUGCAUAUAUCAAAUGUGGGGGUAUUAGGGAAGCAAGAGGUUUGUUUGAAUUUAUGGACCAGAGAGAUCAAAUAUCAUGGAAUUCUUUGAUUUCAGGUUAUGCUCAGUUGGGGAAUGUUGAAGAAAUUUUGCAACUUUUAUAUAGAAUGAAGGUAGAAAGUAUGGACCCUGAUCAGCAAACUUUUGGUUCUUUGCUUACUGCUGUGGCAGCACAGAGUAAGCUUGAUAUAGGAAGGAUGGUGCAUGGACAAAUUUUAAGAGGUGGGUUAGAUUCAGAUGCGCAUGUUCAAACAGCACUUAUAGUUAUGUAUUUAAGCUGUGGGAAUAGUAAUGCUGCAUAUCAGAUUUUUGAAGAGGUAUCUGAAAAAGAUGUGGUUUUAUGGACAGCAAUGAUCUCUGGGCUAGUGCAAAAUACUUGUGCAGACAAGGCCCUGGCAGUUUUCUAUGAUAUGUUAAAGUCAAGAGUAGUUCCAUCCACUGCCACCAUAACUAGUGCUCUUGCUGCUUGUGCACACCUGGGAGCUUUUAAUUUAGGAACUUCCAUCCAUGCUUACCUUUUAAGGCAAGGAUUGACAAUAGAUAUUCCAGCCCAAAACUCUCUUCUUACUAUGUAUGCCAAGUGUGGUCAUUUGGAGCAAAGUUGUGCAGUUUUUGAGAGGAUGGAUAGAAAGGAUCCGGUCUCUUGGAAUGCAAUUAUUGCCGGAUGUGCCCAAAAUGACUAUUUAUCUAAUGCCUUCUUCUUCUUCAAUAAAAUGAGGUCAACCCUUCAAAAACCUGAUUCAAUAACUGUUGUCACCCUGCUUCAAAUGUCUGCAUCUACUGGUGCUCUUCAUCAGGGGAAGUGGUUCCACAACUUUGUAAUUAGAAGUUAUCUUAGGCCAUGCAUCUUGGUGGAUACAGCUCUGGUGGACAUGUAUUGUAAAUGUGGUGAUUUAGACUCAGCUGUUAAGUGUUUUAGGGAGAUGUUGCAAUGGGACUUAAUCUCAUUGAGUGCAAUUAUUGCUGGAUAUGGUAGUCAUGGCAAAGGGGAGACAGCUUUAAGCAUGUAUUUUGAGCUUCUGCACUCUGGAAUGAAACCAAAUAAGGUGAUUUUCCUUUCAAUUCUCUCUGCCUGCAGUCACAAUGGGCUUGUUGACCCGGGUCUGAGCAUAUUUGAGUCAAUGUCUAGAGAUUUUGGUGUUCAACCAGGAGUUGAGCACCAUGCUUGCGUUGUAGAUCUCCUUUGUCGAGCUGGAAGGGUGGAGGAAGCUUAUAACUUCUACAAGGGUAGCUUCCUAGAGCCUGCUGUUGAUGUUUUAAGCAUGAUUCUUGAUACCUGUCGAGCAAACGGUAACCUGGAACUCGGCAGCAUUAUUGCCCAAGAUGUCAUCAUGUUGAAGCCUAAUAGUGCCGGAAACUAUGUCCAGAUAGCACACUGUUAUGCUUCUAUGAGUAGAUGGAAUCGCAUGGGGGAAGCAUGGACCGAAAUGAGGUCCCUAGGCUUGAGAAAACUCCCAGGAUGGAGUAUUAUUGACCUACAUGGCAGAGUUACCACAUUUUUCUCCGGUCAAACCGCUCAUCCAAAACAUGAAGAAAUAGUUGCAACACUGUCAAUUCUGUGGUGGGAAAUGAGUGAAGCGGGUGUGAACUUCAAGAUGAAAGAAGUUCAUGAUAUGUUCUUGGAUGGAUGGUUUUUAUAGGAGGACCAAUAAGAUGUUGACUUUUGAGCAUGAAAAAGGGUACAUUACAAGCACUACAUUCAUGGUUUUGAUUUCAUAAUUGAAGUGGUUGAAGGUUUAGGUUUCUGACUGCAAAUUUUGGGUCUUUGUGUUCAGUGUUACGGUUCAUUGUUUAGGUGGAUAAAGGGGUUAAAAAAAAAUUGACCUUCGCCGAUAUAAGUUAUUUAGAUAGGCCAAAUGAUCAUUGUAAUGACUAUAAAUAAUUAUUGUAAUUAUGUAGUUAUCACACUAAAAUAAUGAUACAGAAUGUAAUAAAAUUGUCGAGCUUUUCCUAGCCAGUAAACA